AUUCCAUUUUAGUUUGCACAGUACCUAUUUAACUGGCUGUAGAUUUUUUUGGUUUUAAAUUACUACGUGGUAAUAAGGUACCAAUUUUGUUUCAGAAUGAAAGUUGCACUGAGUAUUGUCGUAAUCGCGUUGAUUGAUAACGUUUUUGGCUGCACCCAGUUCGAUAAAUUUAGUGCAGUAUGCAAUGAGGCAAUACAGGCCUACGCUAUAAAACACCCAGAGAUGAAAUAUCUACGUCCAGCUAUUGACAACUUCAUCAAAGCGCUAAAAGUGCUUUCAUCAACUGAUAAUCCGUCCAGACCGCAGGCAGCCUCGAGGGACGUGACUUACAGCCAAUUGAUCACUCAGUUCAACAUCUAUAUAUCAGAAGGUAAUAUAGCUGCUGCAGCACAAGAAAUGGUUGAUUUGCAAAACGGAUUGAAAGAAUGUGAUCCGAUAGCAAUAAGUGAUAUCAAGUGUUGAAUCACGACUUGAUUUGUAAAUUGACAACAAAAUAAAUAAAUAAAUAAUA